AAGAUUCUUUUACCUGCUCCGAGUGUGGAAAAAGCUACUCACGUAAACAAGAACUUACGAAACACAUGAGAAUUCACACCGGAGAGAAUCUGUUCACAUGCACUCAGUGUGGAAAGGAUUUUGUUGACAAAAAAGGCUUGACCAGACACCUAAUGGUUCACACUAGAGAAAAACCUUUCAAAUGCACUCAGUGUAGAAAGAGUUUCAGAGACAGAAGCGCUCUCAAAGAUCACCUGGAUUCUCACGCUGGAGUGAAGUCUUUCAGCUGUGAUCAGUGUGAUAAAACAUUUGUUUUGGUAUCACACCUAAGAACACACCUUAAAGUUCAUGCUGCUGUGAAGCCUCACGUUUGUUCUCUUUGUGGAAAGAGUUUUUCACGACUGCACACAUUAAAAGAGCACCAGAAUAUACAUACUGGUAUGAAACCUUACAUAUGUGACUGUGGGAAGAGCUUUACUGCACAAAGUAAUUUAAUCGAGCACCAGAAGAUUCACACUGGAGAGAAACCUCACAAAUGCUCACACUGUGGAAAGAGUUUCUUUUACUUAAAAUCCUUGAAAGAUCAUGAGAGAGUUCAUACUGGAGAAAAGCCGCACCAGUGCUCUUCAUGUGGGAAGAGUUUCGCUCACUUACCUAAUCUGCUGAUUCACAAGAAAAAGCAUUGCCCGAAGAUGUAUAAGUGAGAAAAGCAUUUAUGUAACUGGCAACAUCAGUCCAUUAUAUAUUCACAGAUAACUUUUUUUAUUUUUUAUUUUAUUUUAUUUUUUAGAAGUGAUGCAUAUUGAAAAGACUCUUACAUUUAAA